AUGAGGAGAUCAUUUGCUGUAAUGCUCCAGUGCAUUGCGACAAUCUUCGCCGUCAUCCAUUUCCAAAAUGUUGAGGUUUUCGCUAAUGAGGAGAAGGGUGUUGAAUCAAGCAUUGACUCCGCCGAUUUCGGCAGCGACAAUAUUCAGCCGAGGAUCCACGUCGAAAGUACUGAGGAAGACACAUCGGAUGGCGCUGCCGACAGCGAGGUAGUGAUUACCGAACCUGAAGACACAGUCAGUUUAUCCGACGAUGAGAUGUCGAGCGCUGCGAAACACGGGGAAAGCCACACGUACCAGGCUGAUUUCGCCAGAGUUAUGGAUAUAAUCGUCAACUCGCUUUACUCUAAAAAGGAAGUGUUCCUUAGGGAGCUGAUCUCAAACUCGGCUGAUGCUCUGGAAAAAUACAAAAUUUUAGAACUCCGAGAAAAUCGCGCUGAUUCGGGUGACGAAUUGGCCAUAAGGAUUAGGGCAUCGGCUGCCAAGAGGACUCUCACAAUUCUUGACACCGGUGUCGGUAUGACGAAGCACGAACUGAUUAACAACCUCGGAACGAUUGCCAAAUCCGGUACUGCUAACUUCGUAGACGCGAUAUCUAAGGGUGAGAAUGAUGCCAACCUUAUUGGUCAAUUCGGUGUCGGUUUCUACUCUGUCUUCCUCGUUGCGGACAGCGUUGUGGUACAGUCUAAGCAUUGGAACGACAAACAAUACGUCUGGAAAUCGUCAGCUGACACAAAGUACGAGCUCUACGAAGACCCAAAGGGCAAUACACUUGGUGAGCACGGUACUCAAAUCACGCUGUUCCUGAAAGAGGACGCCACGGAAUAUCUCGAAGCCGCAAAGAUCGAAGAAUUAAUAAAGAAGCAUAGCCAAUUCGUUAGGUUCCCCAUCUACGUCCUUACUGUGGACAAGGAAUCUAAAGAAGCCAAAUGGAAACACGUCAACGAUGUGAAGCCAAUUUGGGCAAGAGAUAAAUCCGAGAUUACCGAUGAAGAGUACACGGAAUUUUACCAGGCAAUCAGCGGCGCACGUUCGAAGCCCCUUGCUCAUAUUCACUUUGUCGCCGAAGGAGAUGUAGAAUUUAGAUCACUUCUAUUCAUUCCGGAACGCCCUAAGAGCUCGUACUUCGACACCGAUGACGUAGGUCACCAGGUUAAGAUUUACGCGAGGAGGGUACUGGUGUCGGACCGACUCCCUGAUUUCCUUCCGAGAUACCUUUACUCGAUUUGCGGUGUAGUCGACAGUGACAAUUUCCCUCUUAAUGUCUCUCGAGAGCACCUGCAACACAGUAAGAUGAUUAAAAUCAUCGGUAAGAAGAUUGUCAGAUCCGUGCUAUCCACCCUUCAAAACCUCAUGAAAGAAAGCUUCGACAGCAAGAAAAAGUUGCAGGAAGAGAUUGAUGCAGAAACGGAUGAGGAAAAGAAAACGGAACUCACGAAAAAGCUGACAGCAAAAACGACAUUCGACAAGUUCUACCAAAACUUCCGAGGAUCACUCAAGGUCGCGUGCUAUGAUGAUGCCUCCAACAGAAAGAAGAUUGCGAAAUUGCUCAUGUACCAGACUUCUAAGCACAAGUCGGACGAAAUCACACUCGAUCAGUACAUAGCAGAAAUGCCGGAGACGCAGAAGGCCAUUUACUACGCCAGCGGCGAUUCGUACAAUGCCAUUCACAGCAGCCCCCAUCUACAGGGAUUCCAUAAGCGUGGCAUCGACGUGCUAUACCUCACCGAUACUAUGGACGAAUCGUGCAUUAACCAGCUCUACGAGUACGAGGGCAAAUCGUUCAAGUCCGUGCAAAAGGGCGACGUCGACUUUGAGCGCACCCAAGAGGAGGUGGAAAGGGAUGAGCUAACUUUGAAGAAGUACGCCCCGCUAAUUAAGGUGCUGAAGGAAAACAUAAGCGAGAUCUACGACGUGCAACUGUCUCGCAGGCUGACUGACGACCCAUGCAUCGUGGUUGUCACUGAAUGGGGAAUGUCACCAAACAUGGAGAAAAUCGUCAAAUCCUAUGUUGUAAACAAGAAGGAUGACGAUGUGGAUCCUUUUGGAUCAGGUAUGCGUUCUCGCAUUUUGGAGAUCAAUGGUGAUCAUCCGAUUAUGAUUGAGCUGCUUAAGAGAUGUAAGAACGACACCGUGGACUCCAGUGUCAUCGAUUCCAUGAAGCUGCUCUACAACGCGGCAAAGCUGGCCGGAGGAUUCUCGAUCGAGAACCCUACCACGCUGACGCGCACGGCAUACUCAUACCUGUCUGAUCAACUCAACGUCGAUGCCUCUGCGACCAUUGAUGACAUCGCGUACACCCCUGAAGCCGAGGACGAGACCACUGAAUCGCCCGAAGACAUGGAGCUAGAGGAAAUCGACCUCGACGACGAGGGUAAACCUGUCAACGAUGAACUUUGA